AGCUGGCUCAAUAUUGUGUGAAGAAGCCAUGGCGUUGGCAUUCAACUUUCUCCCGAGCAAUGGUUUUGGCAAUGCGCUCCGGACGCAAAGUGGCAGGUUGAUCAAAGCACCCAGUUCGCCACAGGCGACCACCUCAUCCAGUCACAGGUUGCUGGUUUCUGCAGGCAUUGCUACGUUCAGCUUUGCUGGGCUGAGGGCCAAGAAAAUUCGAGUUCCAAAAGGCGCAACUUCAGAUGUUUCAGAUCCAGACAGCAGCAGCAAGAAUGAGUAUGCAUACAAGAUGGUGAAGAUUGCCUGCAUUGUCACCCUUUUGCCAUUCUUUUUUUUUGCCUUGGCAACUUUUCAUUUGAUCCUGCUAUCAGUGACUUCAGCCUUGAGUAUGGACCACACUUGGCUCAUCCGGCCUUGCGAACCACUUCCGUGUUACAGGCCAUAAUGGUUUUUGCAGCAGUGAUGUGGAGAGAAAAAUACCGGAAUGAUCCGAUUGACAGACUUUUCGCAUGGCUUUUUGUACCUGAGGCCAUUGCACACUUCCUACUUCAUUGGUUCAGCCAUUAUCAUGCAUUUGCAAACUUUGCUUUUGCAUAUGCUUACAGUGCCGGCAUUGCUCUUCCCGGCUUUCUGUCACUCUUGUGCUACGUGCCAAAGGAAAAGAAAUUGCCGUGGUUGUACCUUGCAUUAUACAUGACCACCCAAAUACCAAUCGUUGCCGGCCUCACCAACAUGGUUGGACCAGCCAAAAUGCGAUUGAACUAUGCCAACAUCAACACAGCUUGGAUCACGACGCCCUUCUUCUAUGGAAUCCUCAAGCGUUGGAAAGAUGUUCCAAAAAGUCCAGUAUUUUUGGCGACUCUCACAAUUUUGUACCAGGUCGCGAUGGGGAUUAUGGGUCCUAUCACAGGUGCAUCCGACCUGAAACUCUAUGAUCCUUCAUGCAUUUUUCAGCAUGGAGUGGUGGACAUUGGCUUUGGAAUCGCCUAUGCUGCAUCCAUCCUGUGUGGGGUCUUUAGGCCCAAUGUUCCAAGGCCAGCAUGGGACUGAUGCAUACAUAGAGCAUUGUAGUGAAAGGCUAUGACAGCUUGGCCGGAAGGUCUUCUCCAUGUGUGCGAGAGCAUCGG